AAAACGAACUCGGGCUUCUACACGCGUGCGACAUGGUACUCGUGUAUUGCAUCAGUAUACAACAAAACAUGAAAUGCAUUAUGGGAGGUGGUGCUUAUGACAACGGUCGUAAACAGGAACUAGCAAGUUAAACGGAUUAAGAGGCUAUGUGAAUCAUGGCAGUGUGUGGUACGGAGUUUUUUGACAAAGUUGGAAGGCUUCAACGUAAAAUGCAUGAAAAUGAAAGAAAGAGACUAGACCUGGAAAAGAGAUUGUUUGAAACAUCUGAUCAGCGCUUAUCUAAGCUAAAACAAAUAAAACUAAAAAGUUACUUGAGAGACAUCUGUGAAAGAGAAAAGAAAGCACUACUUCGAAACAGAGAAAUUCAGAAGGAUUUUGUCCGUGUUAAAGCCCACAUUUCUGCUCUUUCAGCCAACACUGACAAACUCCAACAAAUGAAGAGAGAAUUUGAGAAGGAGAUUGAGAGAAGAAUGGCAGCCUGGAAAAAUCAGAUGAUGAAGGGUCAGAAGAGUGAAACUACUUCAGACCAGACAUUUCAACUUUCCAGAUCAGUGGACACUGACAAGGAAGCAGACCUGUCAAGGGAAUUGUAUCAUCCUGCCACAAUCUUUAUGGGUCACCAAAUGUCAUUCAGUUCAAGCAAUGAACAGCUCAGUACACUGCAGUCAUCUUACCAGCCUACCGAAAGCCUUUUAACUCCUCACCCAAGCUCGCAGAAGCAGACAGCAGAGAGUAGUCCUGUGACUGAUAGCUCUAUUUUAAAAGCCAAAAGCAACGUGAUACUCCUAAAUAAAUCUGACAAAAAGGAUGGGACUGUUUACCUGCAGAACAGAAAAAAAAUGCCUCUCACGUCCACUGUACUUUAUGAGAAUGAAUUACCUCAUGCAUCAGGCACAGAAACUAGUAACACUGUCAUAAAUAGCAGUCUGUCUCCGAGCAAAAUCACUGACAAGCUUUGCUCCAUGUUACCUCCACAAAAGCAGGGAUUAACUCUUCAGAAUGGAACUAAUGAUUUGAAGGCUGCUGUCUUUGAUGCAGAAAGAAAGGCUGAGCCUGAACAUUUUGAACUAAUUCAGAAUGCCCUGGUACCUCCAGUAACUUCAUCUCUGAGCUGUUUUCAUAAGAGUCAACCAAGAAGUGAGUCUUUAGUUGAGAAACAUGACAUCACAGAUAAGCAUUCAGUUGCUGAUCAGACAUGUGUCCAAAAUAAUGGUCAAUUAAUGCAAAAUCUGGAAGAUUUGAAGAAUCAGUCAUUUGAUAUGGACAGUGAACCAACAGUGUCAGUAAGUGAAAAUGAACUGGAAGAGCAACAGAGCAGUACAAUACCACAGAAAAAAAUAAGUGGAAAAAGUGAUCCUUUUAAUCUUUUGAAGCCAGCGUGCACUAUUCAAGAAGUAAGAAGUCUUUCCAAAGCAGAGAGUAAUUCCACUGUUAAAUCUACACUGUAUGUUAAUGCAGUUCCUUCUGAUGUUGCAUCUGAUUCCUCCAUGGAAGAGUAUACCAUUUCACAUGAAAGCUUCUUCCAUUUGUUGCAGUUAGUUGAAGACACUGUUAAGAAAGUUGGAUCUGCACAUUUAUAUCAAGCUAAGACCACAAACAGAGAAGACUUGAAGGAGCUCAUAAGACUUUGCAAUCAGGAGAAUCUGGAUGGCGAAGACCUUGAAGCUUGUGGUGUAUUUAUCCUUCAGCAGCUUCAGAAGUUGUCGCAGAAUACAUUGAAUGGCUGUCUUUUACCUGAUCAAGUGCUAAUGAACAACUGGAACUCAAAAGAUGAAAGCCAAGUCAGAUCUGCUUUAAGUUCAGAUGCAGUGAUGCUAUGGGACCGCUGGUACAGACAUGCUGUUUUUUUGGCAGAAAACCAUAUUUUAUCCAGAGCUGAGGCUGCAACAUUAUUUGGACCCCUGCUAAUAUCUACAUAUAGUAAAAACAGCAAAGAGGUAGUAGAACUGUUGAAAAAUAUAAUUCCAGAAGAAGCUGAAGAAAGCCUGUCUGUACGCAGUGACUCAUCCUGUAGCUUGCCAUCAAUCCUUAAUGAUGGUGGAGAAAUAAAGCAAGCUAGACCUGCUCUGUGGCUUUACACUACUGUAGCAAAUGAACAAGGAGGCACAUGUUCUGAUGAUGAGGAAGAUAAUAUUGAAGGAAGCAGUGACAGUAGCGUAACAAAAAAUGUGCCUAUUACAGAAACAAAAGCUUACCAGCUUCUUAAACAGUCUGCAGUACAACAGAGACACCACUUGACUAAGGAUGAUGAAAAGGAAAGCUCAGAGUUAGAGUUAGUAGGUACAGAGAAAUGCAACAUUAGUGCAGCAGCUGGCAAGAAAGAAAAUAUUCCUUCGGAAAUCAGUUCUUCAUCAACUCAAGAAAGUUCCCCACAAAGGCAUAAUGGUUUCACCAGUGGGAUUUCUGCAAUGAAGUCUAAAGCUUUCUGGGGUGAAUCUGAUGAUAGCAACUCUGACAUUGAAGCAGCUCUCUGUCCACAGAUGGCCUCUAAAGAGGAUUCUGAUGACUUUUAUGACUAACAGACAUGGCAAAACAUUGUGCAGUCACCAUCUCUGUAGAAAGACAAUUAUGAAAGAUGCAUUUUUUUCAGAAUUUAAGACCAGUAUUUACAAAAAACAUACAUAUGACUUGAAUUUCAUCAUUUUUACAUUCAGAGAUUUCUGAAUUGUUGUAGAGAUCAGUGGUAACAUUUACUCUCUGACAUUUAACUCAAGAAAUUGUCCUUAAUUAAAAACUUAGUCUAAUUUUAAAGCCAAUUUGCUUAAGAAAGUCUAUGUUUCAAUAGUAUAUAUAGGUAACAAAGUGUGUCCCACAUAUUCUAUUAAUUAUUUUCUGUUUAGAAUUGUACAUCUACAAAAAUGUUUCAUUGUUGUAUUCUAACUGAAGAACUGCAUGUAUAAUAGCGCUAAUACCACCAAUACUUCAGAACUUAAGCUGAAACCAUUUUUAUAUACAGUGUUCCCUUAAAAUAAAUCACUGUUCUUUGUGUUACACAUUUCCAUCUGA